GGGCAAUUAAAAAAAUGUUUCCAGACAAAAUGGAAAAUUCUGCGUAAAAAGGCGUGAACCCCUUCUUAUUACGCAAGAGGCAGAAGUAAACCAAAAUGAAGGCUCUAAAGAAAAUAAAGAGGGGUGUGUCUCCUCGCAGAAAAAAAGAUGAUCAUGAACAUGAAAACCUAGGAUUUCAAUUUGAACCUGAACUUAGAGAGAGGUUUGAGGAGUAUGAGGAUGAGGAAAAGGAGGGAAAGAAUGAGGAUGAAGAUGAGGAUAGGAAUGAACAGGAUGAAAGGGAUGAGCAGGAGUUGCUCCAGAAAAGAAACCGAACCGAACAAAGGUCUGACAGUAUAUUCUGUAUACAAGUAGUGUACAGUAUAAACUGUGUACAGGUAGUGUACAGUAAAGUCUGUGUACAGGUUGGAGACACGAAAAAGUAUACUUCAGUGAAGGAAUCUACUAAUUGUCCAUACUAUAAUGAGUAUUUUGUGUUUGAUUUCCACAUGGCACCAGUAAUGCUCUUCGACAAGAUUAUCACACUAACGGUGAUGUCUGAUCGAAAGUUCCUACGCCAGGGAACAUGUAUUGGACAUUUUAAACUUGAUGUCAGAACUGUACAUGACGCCCAGGAUCAUCAGUUUUAUCACAAGUGGGCUCUACUAACCGACCCAGAUGACACUACGGGCGGACCUAAAGGUUACCUUAAAUGUGAUAUCAGUAUAAUAACAAAGGGGGAUGCAGUAAAAAUACCCACAAAAAGUGAACGUGAUGAAGACGACAUUGAAGGCAACCUUCUACUACCUGUUGGAGUGAGAUCAGAGCGACAAAGAGCCAAGUUUAUAAUAAGAAUCUAUAGAGCUGAUGGUUUACCCAGGAUGAACUCCAGUCUAGUAGCAAACCUGAAACAUGCAUUCGGAGCACCACCUAGAGAUCUAGUCGAUCCUUACGUUCAAGUAUCAUUUGCUGGACUCUCAGGUAGAACGAGUGUAAAGAAGAACACCUACAGUCCGGUUUGGAACGAACAGAUCGUCUUUACAGAAAUGUUUCCUCCGCUCUGCCAAAGGAUAAAGAUACAGCUUCGAGAAAGUGAUACAGUUGGGGAUACGGUUAUAGCAACACAUUUCAUAGAUCUUUCAACAAUAUCUAAUGAUAAGGAUAAAGGUUUUCUGCCGACAUUUGGUCCUGGGUUUAUAAACCUGUAUGGAUCAACCCGAGACUACUCUCUAAUAGAUGAAAACUCAACUCUUAAUGAUGGUAUAGGAGAAGGAGUAGCAUACAGGGGUCGUCUCUUGAUCGCUAUAAAGACUGAAAUCUCUGAUAGUAUUGACACGGCUCCUAGUGAAGUAGAAGUAGAGCCCACGCAUACAAUAAACGAGGAAUCAUCAGACUAUUUAAGGCAGUUUGAGGCUGUUUACAAUAGAAGAGAGGAAUUUUUCCUUUUCAGCACUAUAUUAGAAGCUACAAUCAUAGAUAAAAGGCUAGUAGAUAAAUCAAUAUGGUUUGAGAUAUCUAUGGGUAAUGCUGGUAAUGCCUUGGACGGAGAAAUUAUUCCUGGAAGAGUUGAUGAUCUUGAUACAAACCAUCAUGAUGAUGAAAGAGAGGAUGUACUCCGUGCCACCUGGAACAGUACAACACCUCCGACCAGAGCGCUUUCUCAUGACAGGCUGUAUUAUUUCCUUCCGUUCUGGGAUGAGAAACCAAGCCUUUAUGUUAGGACAGCUCUUCCAGAUCACAGGAGACGGAUGUACAUUAGCAAUGUUAUUGGGAAGAUAGCAGAUAAAUUGGAGGAGAACCUGCACGAGGUCCAUCUUUCUAUUGAUGCUGAACAUGAUUCUGCUGAAUACAAGCUUAAGGAUGCAUUUGAUCAGUUGUACCAAGGCUGCAACGGUUUUCUAUCGUUAUGCAAGACCCCAAAUACAGGGGUUUCCUCUACUGGGAAGACAAGACUGGAUAAGGAACGGAUUGCUCUGUGUCAGUCUGAGCUGGAGACCAUUGGAGGUCAGGCCCGGCAGUGGAAGCUUGGUGUUAAAAAAGGAACAAUCAAGGAGAAGUAUAAAGGAGCACUUGGUUUCCUUGAUAGAUUAAAGAAACUAGUUGAAGAUCCGCAGCAUAGCCUCCCAGAUGUAUUUAUCUGGAUGAUCAGUGGAAACAGAAGAGUAGCUUAUCAGCGUAUUCCAGCAAGAAAUAUUCUGUAUUCUCUGUUGGAUGAAGAGAAGGGAGCGGAUUGUGGAACUGUACAAAAUCUAUUUCUCAGGGUGAACCCGCAUAGUAGCUCGUGGAAGAAAACCAGUUUAUCCAGUUUCUCCCCCGGGUUGGAUCCAAGUACCUGGUUAGCUGGACGCAGAGGAUCCGGGUCAGGAGGAUGGGUUAUCCAGGCCAAGAUUCAAAUCUAUCUCUGGCUUGGUUUACUCAAGCAUAAGAAAUGCUACCCAAGUGGAUUACCCCCUGGGUUCCAUCUGACCAAUGAGAUACUAAAUGCAGAAAAACCAGCUCUACUCCCUCCUCUGUAUAUACAGUACAGUGAAAAGCAUUAUUUCCAAAUGCGAGCUAAUGUUUACCAAGCACGAUCUUUGAUUGGAUCCGAUAAUUCUGGAUUAUCAGAUCCUUUUGCGAGAAUUAUUAUCGGAGAACACUGUAGAUCAACCCAGGUGAUCGAUGAGACGUUAUCCCCGACCUGGGACGAACUCCUCCUGUUCCCUGAGAUACUGGUGUACGGACGCAGAGAGGAUAUUAAACAAAACCCGCCUCAAGUCAUAAUUGAGAUUUAUGAUCAGGAUAAAGUCGGAAAAGCUGAGUUCUUGGGCAGAUCUAUAGCAAAGCCUCAUAUUCAUCUAGCAGAAGAGGUAGAAUAUCGUCCCCCGAACCUAGAAUGGUGUCAGAUACUGAGAGGAACUGAGGAAGCAGGUGAACUACUUGCUGCCUUCGAGUUAUUUGAAAUUAGUGAUGCAACAAAUAUGCUUCCCAGUCUACCUCAGCCUAAAGACGGGCCGGGUCAAGCUACCCAGACCGGUCAGGAUAUGGGACCAAUCCUACCUGUACCACCAGAGAUACGACCCACACUAGUCAAAUACAGAUUUGAAGUGUUAUUCUGGGGAUUACGAGACCUGAAAAGGGUUCAGUUCCUUGCUGUUGAUAAGCCCAGGGUAGAUGUAGAGUGCGGAGGACAUGUUAUUCAGAGCUCUCUGAUUCUGAACGCGAAGAAAAAUCCAAAUUUUUCAAUGAUGGUGAAACAUAUUGAUAUAGAGCUUCCAGAACAAGAACUAUACUGUCCACCCCUUACUAUUAGAGUGGUAGACUGUAGGUCUUUUGGAAGAUUUACAUUAGUCGGUACUCACACCAGUAACAGUAUUCAUAAAUUCCUGUUCACACCAACACCAAAGAGACCAAGCAUAGACAAAUCCCAGCUUUCCAUCCGUACACAGUACAGAGAUUUUAACCUGCUAAAUGGUCAACAAAACGGACAAUCUAAUUUUAACAACGAGCUUCUGUCUCCCAUGGAAUCCGUCAAUCCAAGGGAAAAUCACACUAUUCUCGACUAUGGGACCUACCUACAGAGUACACCGUUGUCUCCUAAAAAGGACGGAGGCGACCAUUCAGGAGACAUUCAGGAUGAGGAUGAGGAGAGUAUGGAUUGGUGGACAAAAUAUUUUGCCUCUAUAGAUUCUCUAAUUGAAGAAGGAAAAGCUAAGCAUUAUGGAGAAGGUCUGGCAGAAACUAAGCUUACAGAAGAACAUGAAGACAAGGCCAAAAAGAAAUCAUCUAUCAGUGCCCUGAAGCAUGUAGCUGAUGUAGCAAAGACCUGGGGUAAAUUCAGUCCAAGACACCAAACCAGACCAGAGAAAUCUAAGGUUGCUCUGCUCAAGGUGUUUCCGAACGAGCUGGAGACGCAGUCUGAGUACGAGGGGUUCUCCGAGUGGCUGCAGACCUUUGACCUGUACAGGGGGAAGAAGUCUGAGGAGGAGCUAGAGGAGGAGAAUAGGGUCGUAGGAAAAUUCAAGGGAUCGAUUAAGAUCUACAAGCUUCCGAUCCCUAGGGAUGUGUUCGAUAAUGCGCUCAUGGGAGGCGAUCCACAAACAGGGUUCUUUCAAGGAUUACCAUCCAACGAGCCAAUUCGAGUGUUAGUUCGAGUUUAUAUUGUCAAAGCAAAGGAUCUUCAUCCUAUGGAUAUAAAUGGUAAAGCUGACCCAUAUCUAGUCCUGCAGCUGGGAUCUAAACGAGUUUCAGACAAAGAAAACUAUAUCUCGAAACAGCUGAAUCCAGUUUUUGGAAAAUGCUUCGAGAUUGAAGCUUCCUUUCCGCAAGACUCCAUGCUUUCUGUUCAACUAUAUGAUUGGGAUUUGCUGGGUUCAGAUGAUCUCAUUGGGGAGACAAGACUGGAUUUGGAAAACCGGUUUUACAGUCGGCACCGUGCUACCUGCGGCCUAGCAACAAAGUACGAUCCGUGUGGAUAUAAUAAAUGGCGGGAUCCAAUGAAACCAAGCCAAAUUCUAACAAAACUUUGUAAAGAAGGAAAGAUUGAUGGACCUCACUUCUCCUAUAAUAGG